AUAGCAGGAGCUUACAUACACUCAACCAAAACAGGGGACCCAUCUCUGAUCUCUCUCUCUCUAAGAAACUCCAAAAGCCCUUUUUGUUUUUCCCCACUUCUGUUGCUGUUUUCACUUGUACUUUCUUCUCUGCCAGCCAAUUCCCCACAUCCUCCACCCACUCUCUCUCUAACCCUUCUCCUUUCUCUCUCCUCCAUUUCCCUCUAUAAAAUCGUCCCCUGAUUCCCUAUACUGAUCAAUCUCCUAUACCCUUCUUGAUUCACAGCCAUGAAGGAAUACUGGUCCUCUCUGGCAUCCCUUCUCGGCGUUCUUGCCUUCUGCCAGUCUCUCCUCCAGACAAUCUUCCCGCCGGAGCUCCGUUUCGCCGCCCUUAAACUCUUCCAUAAACUCUCCCACUGCUUCUCCUCCUAUGUCUAUUUUGACAUCACUGAAAUCGACGGCGUCAACACCAACGAACUCUACAACGCUGUCCAACUCUACUUAAGCUCCUCUGUUUCCAUCUCCGGCAAUCGGUUGAGUCUCACGCGUGCUGUCAAUUCCAGCGCGAUUACCUUUGGUCUUGCUAACAAUGACUGCAUCCUUGACUUCUUCGAUGGCGUCACUGUCCAGUGGGAGCAUAUUGUCACUCAAAGACAAGCACAGGGAUACCUCUGGCGCCCGUUGCCGGAGGAGAAAAGGGGUUUUACUCUUCGAAUCAAGAAAAAAGAUAAGCCUUUGAUUUUAGAUUCAUAUCUUGAUUACAUUAUGGACAGAGCUGAUGAAAUCCGUCGCAAGAAUCAGGAGAGGCUUCUUUAUACGAAUUCGCGUGGUGGGUCGUUGGAUUCGAGAGGGAAUCCAUGGGAGUCGGUGCCAUUUAAACACCCAAGCACAUUUGACACAUUGGCUAUGGACCCACUUAAGAAGCAACAGAUUAUGGAAGAUCUUCGAGAUUUCGCCAACAGCCAAAGCUUUUACCAACAGACAGGCCGAGCCUGGAAAAGAGGUUAUCUCUUAUACGGCCCUCCCGGAACCGGAAAAUCCAGUAUGAUCGCUGCAAUGGCUAACUUUCUCGGUUACGACGUUUACGAUCUCGAACUCACUGAGGUCCACACCAAUUCUGAGCUUCGGAAGCUCCUCAUGAAAACCACCUCCAAAUCGAUCAUCGUCAUCGAGGACAUUGAUUGCUCCAUUAGUUUCACUGACCGAAAAAAGAAAAAUUCCGGUCCGAGAAACUACUACGAUUUUCCGGACAUCCGAUGCGGAGGUGGGUACAGUUCACUAUCCGGCGACGACGGCCGCGGCGGUGGCUCGAUUACUCUUUCUGGAUUGCUGAAUUUCACCGAUGGGUUAUGGUCGUGCUGUGGCAGUGAGAGAAUUUUCGUAUUUACGACGAACCACAUUGAGAAGCUGGACCCGGCAUUGCUUCGAAGUGGGAGAAUGGAUUUGCAUAUUUUCAUGAAUUUCUGUUCUUAUCCAGCAUUGAAGAUACUUCUGAAGAAUUAUUUAAAUUACGAAGAGAAUGAAAUCGACAACACUCUGUUGCAAGAAAUUAAAGAGGUUAUUGACAAGGCAAAGAUGACGCCGGCGGACGUGAGCGAAUUUCUGAUCAAGAAUCGCCGCUAUAAAAACAGGGCAGUGGCAGAGUUGCUAGAGACAUUGAAAUCAAAAGCAGAGAAGAACGAAAAAAAUGGAGGAUUAAGGAAAAAGGAAAUGGGUAUAGAGGAAGAAGAAGAAGAAGAAGAAGAAGAGCAAGAGAAGAGAACUGUGGAUAGUCCAAAGGAAGGGUCUGAAUUUGAGGAGGAUUGCAGCAAAGAAACAGAGGAUAACAACGACGAGGGUGAAAAAGAAAGCAACAAUUUCAUUGGGUAACAAAAAUGGGAACUUUUUAAUUUUUUACUGUUGAGAGAAGAAGGAAGAUCUGUGAAGGGAAACCAUUUUGGAUCCAAUCCAAGCUAACAUGUUAAAAGAGAUGUAUUAUUAAGAUUAUUAUGAUUAUUAUUAAUAUUAAAAUAAUGAAAUAUAAAUUACGUCAUGAUUUUUGUAUAGAUUAAUUUGUUUGUUAGUUUGAUGUUAAUAUGAAAAGACUAAUAUUAGGGAUAUAAUAUGGUUUGUGUAAUAUGCCACUAAGGACCCAAAUGGAAAGGCAUUGGAAGUUUGUGAUAUAACACAUGGAUCCCAAUGCAAUU